GUACCAGCUUACAGUCCUGCUCUCCACAAAAUUGAGUUCAUUUUGGUGAGGAAUAAUACAGUCUGCUCCCUGCAUUCAGUGAGCUGGCAACAAAUCGUCACCGCCUCGUCAAAGAUAAGUAUUUCUCUGGAUAUCGUUUUGCAAGGAACACCCCUGUACUCCACCAAUUCAAGUCUUCAAGUUAACUAGGUUUAGACCAUGAAUCCUGAUUCCACCAAUAACAUGCAGACUGUCACAAGGAAAGAGGAAACGUUCAAGACGGUGCUUUCAGCAGACACACGAUCCACCGACACCACGACCCUUGCUAAACAGAGUGACGUCAAACAGAAAGUCACGUGCAGGGGACGCCGUCAACCAAUCAUAAUGCGGCAGAGGCGUGUAAGCGGGUCUCCCGACAGAGCCGUCAGCUUCGCGUGCACAACACACAGUGGGAAGCAAGCCAAUCUCAGGCGCAGUCUCUCUGAAAUCGGCAAAAGCAAGCACGUUGACGAGCCUUAUAAAAACCCGGCGCCUCGCUCCCGGAGUUUAGAUAUCGAUCUGGGAGAGAGAAGCGCUGAUGCGAGUUCUCGAAAACGUAUCAGUGUCUCAAACCUACCUCAGUAUCAUUUUCAAAGGAGCGAGUGUGAGCAAGCCAGAUCACGUUCACCGUCUCUUACUAGAAGUUUCAGCCUAACCCGACCAAUAGCCUGGUUCAGAAAGCGCUGGCUGUUCCAUCAACUUUCUGAUAGCGGAGUACUACUCGGUGAUCUAACCAGCACCAUGCAUCAGGAUCGUAAAAUGACCAGGUCCUCAUCCGUGGCCGAUGUGGACAUCAAGCCACCUUCUCCAAAAUCGUCUAACGAAUCGAGAAGGAGUAAGCAUCAGAAGAUGGGACCACAUCCCAAGAAGAAGAUGCUCCGAUCCCACAGUGAGUCUGCCAUUGACACCAACAUCAUACGGAGUGUCAUGAAGCAGAGCGGCUCAUCUUCACCUGUAGAUGACAAUAAGCCAGCCGGCAUCAUCUGCAGCAACGAGGACUUCAAACAGAUCCUCACAGACUCGAAGCGUCAUCGCUUUGGACGCAAGCGAAACAACACCAUGGUGAUCCAACUCGAGUCCACACCGGAAGCCCCUGUUGAAACCGAGAUCCACCUGGACAAUCGCCUUAGUGAGAAAGAGGAGUCAUCCAACGAGAAGGAGAAUGUCUCGAUCUCCGUAGUGCAAGAACGAAGGGGGAGCAGGGACCGUGUCAUCAAGUUUCCAACGAGGCAGUGUGCUUCUGACCCGAACAGCCCGGCUCAUCUGAGUGAAUCAAAGCGAGAGUUCCUGCGGCUCUCUCCUCUCAUGCUGCAUAAGAACAAUGUGAACAAUACUUCCAUGAACAGCAAUCGCAUCGUGCAUCUCUCACCGAAAGCCUUAACGAGUAGACUCACCAAGUGCAACGCGAACGCGGAAGAACUUGAACCUAUGCUUCCUAAGGACAAUAAUGGUAAUCACCUCGUCGAGAAAUCGCAGCUCGUUGAUGAAUUUGUCAUCGAGGAGGAGGAGAAUGUCGACGAAGAUAAGGGGAGUAGCGAUGAUGAACACCAUAUUGAGAAUAUCCCAACGAACAAUGACAAUGAGUCCGAUAUCAUCAAGUCAGAGUCCACCUUUGAUGCCCAGCUGCUCGGGGAAGCAAUCGAGCGACACUUAGCGAUGCACAGAAGUCCGAGUCGAAAGAGCCCGCGUUUUGGCGAGGGAAGGAAGCGAUCCGGUUCUCUCAAGAACAUGUUGGUCCAGAACAAUUCGCAAAUCUCAGCUCGACUCGGAAGUCUUAUUUCGCGGUUUCCAUUCAGACGUGAGGGAUCUGUCAGCCCGACAAACAGUGAAUCCGGUGUCACAGUUUAAACUGUACCCACCUAACUGCUGUUUCAAAAGACAAUUGGCUUGGAGCCAUCAACUUUGACACGGACUUUUGUACCCAACACUACUAUAUGACACUACCAUGUUGUAUUUUGUAUAUUUCUGAUUUAUAUUCGAGUGUCUAUGAUUGUCAUUCUAUCUUGAUAUUUUUUUUCACUUUGAUUUGUUGUUGUCAUACCAUUUUUACCAUGCUAGAGUUUGUUUAAAAUAAUUCAAAGCUGUGCACAUACAGGCACCAAAUAUGGUUGUUUUGCAUAUUUACAAACACGCACAGAAUAUAAUCUUUUGGCAAUUAUCUUUUUAAAAUUGUGUUUCAAACACAUGAUAAUUCCUAGUUUUUAUUGGAAAUUAUAAAAAUUACUUUCACUCACAAAAUUAUUAUGGUAUUUCUAAUCUAUCUUUAAAGCAUUACUAUUUUUUUUCCCGAACAUUAAAUCUGUUUUAUCCCAUACAAGUAAAUAUUGUAAUACAUUGACUGUUUACGAUACGAUGACAAGAUAUUUGACUUUCCAGAAAUGUAAUCACGACGUGAUGCCAUGUUUGUAAAUAAUCAUGACAUAUUUGAAAUUUGUCAUAAUUAUUAAAUUACUCUGUCUCUGACAGUACUAUUUCAAUAUCAAACA